AUUACUUAUCUCAAAGAGCGCAAGGGGGCUGUGACAUUUCAGGCAAAGCCUAUUGGUGAGGGAGUUUCUAUGUGAGCUUUCUUAAAGAAGCGCUUCCUUUUUAAUCAUAAUACUGCGUGGGAAAGUAUAUCAAACAUUUUUGUCUUAAGAGACCAGAAGAUUUACAUAAUUCUGCUUCUACGGAAAGAGAAGAAAUGCUGAUACAACAUUCUGUUAUGGCUGUAAGCUUUGCAUUUACUUGUACUGUGGAAAGUUAGUUUCCUGUUUUCUGAGAUGCAUUUCUCAGAAAAGGAUGGUUUUGAAGAUGACUUCAAUAGAAGUGUUGCUGCCCAUGAAAGGGUUUCUUCUGGAAUCUUGUCUCAGACUAUGAACUACGUAGGACAACUUGCAGGACAAGUCCUGGUAACUGUGAAGGAGCUGUACAAAGGCAUUAAUCAGGCAACCCUUUCAGGAUGCAUUGAUGUCAUUGUGGUCCGGCAACAGGAUGGUACAUACCAGUGUUCUCCUUUUCAUGUCCGAUUUGGGAAGCUUGGUGUAUUGCGCUCUAAAGAAAAAGUGAUUGAUAUAGAAAUUAAUGGUGAUGCUGUUGAUCUUCAUAUGAAACUGGGUGACAAUGGAGAAGCUUUCUUUGUGCAAGAAACUGAGGAGGAAAAUGAAAAAGUUCCUGCAUAUUUGGCAACAUCUCCAAUACCCACUGAAGACCAGUUUUUUAAAGACACUGACAAUCAUUUGAAAUCAGGUGAAAAUGAGAGGACAUGUGCAAACUCAGAAAUUCCACAGUCUGUGGAAACAGAGACUGUAUUCACUCCAGGUUCUGUGAAAAAGAAAAAAAGAAGAAGAAAGAAAUAUAAACAAGAUAGCAGGAAGGAAGAUCAGAUCUCUUCUACUGGGACAGAAGAGAUUUUUGAAAUGGAAAUAAGCUCAGAUGAUGAAAAAACUGUUCAACCCCUAAGAGGAUCCUCAAAUUCAUCACCAAAGGGUGAAGAACAAAAAGAAUCUUUGAUUUAUCACUCAAAGGAUCAUUACCCUUUAUCUGAUGGAGACUGGUCCCCUCUGGAGAACCCUUUCUCUGAGCCAGUCUGCCCUAAAAGUGAUUCGGAACUAGAAGUUAAACCUGCUGAGAGCUUGCUCAGAUCUGAAUCUCACAUGGAAUGGACAUGGGGAGGAUUCCCAGAAUCAACCAAGAUAACCAAGAAAGAGAAACUGGAACAUCCCAGAACAGCUACCAUUACUCCAUCAGAGAAGACUCAUUUUAGAGUCAUCCUCAGCUCUGACGAAGUUGAAGAUGAUGAUGAUGUGAAAGAUUCUGUCUGUACAGUACUGAAACCUGAACCAAGAACUCAUCCUCUUCUUAAGCAGAUGGAUGUUAAAGAUUCUCUUGCUUCUGCAAUCAUAGAACCACAAGAUCCGUUGCCAUUAGAUGCUGAUCAUCAUUCCAGACUAUUGGUGGACCCUUUACCAGAAACAAAGCCAACAGCAAAAAUUGACUCUCCUUCAAAAAAGAAAGGAGUGCACAAGCGAAGUCAUCAUCAGGGGCCUGAUGAUAUUUACUUGGAGGACCUAAAGGCUUUGGAACCUGAAGUUGCAGCGCUCUACUUUCCCAAAAGUGAUUCUGAUCCAGGCUUCAGGCAGUGGACAGAGUCAGAUACCCUUUCUGGUUCUCAGUCACCCCAGUCAGUAGGAAGUGCUGCUGCUGAUAGUGGUACAGAGUGCAUGUCUGAUUCUGCUAUGGACUUGCCUGAUGUUACACUUUCACUUUGUGGAGGUCUCAACGAAAAUGGAGAGAUUUCUAAAGAAAAAUUCAUGGAACAUAUUAUAACUUAUCAUGAAUUUGCUGAAAACCCUGGACUCAUAGACAAUCCUAAUUUGGUAAUAAGGAUUUAUAACAGGUAUUAUAACUGGGCGUUGGCUGCUCCAAUGAUCCUGAGUUUGCAGGUGUUUCAGAAGAGUUUGCCUAAGGCUACUGUUGAGUCUUGGGUCAAAGAAAAGAUGCCAAAGAAGUCUGGAAGGUGGUGGUUCUGGCGCAAGAGAGAAAGCAUGACUAAACAGAUACCAGAGGCAAAAGAGGGGAAAACUGACACACAAAGAGCAAAUGAACUGCCAGCAACUAUAAAAGAGCAAGUUAAUAGUAGACCUCCAGAAGAUGAUUCUUCUAGUGAUGAAGCAUCACAGGAGUUGAAGGAAUCCCUGAAAAUAGAUUCUGCCCCAGCAGAGCAUCCAACCCAUGGGAACAUUACAUCUUACAAGAAGUCACUUAGACUGUCUUCAGACCAAAUAGCAAAGUUGAAGCUCAGAGAUGGCCCUAAUGAUGUUGUAUUUAGUAUUACAACCCAGUAUCAAGGGACUUGCCGUUGUGCAGGAACAAUAUAUCUCUGGAACUGGAAUGAUAAAAUCAUCAUAUCAGACAUUGAUGGAACAAUAACCAAGUCUGAUGCUUUAGGACAGAUCCUCCCUCAGCUUGGCAAGGACUGGACUCAUCAAGGCAUUGCAAAACUCUAUCAUUCCAUAAAUGAAAAUGGCUACAAGUUUCUGUACUGUUCCGCCCGUGCCAUUGGGAUGGCAGAUAUGACCAGAGGAUACCUACACUGGGUGAAUGACAAAGGAACAAUUCUCCCCAGGGGCCCUCUCAUGUUGUCCCCCAGCAGUUUGUUUUCUGCCUUUCAUAGGGAAGUAAUAGAAAAGAAGCCUGAAAAGUUCAAAAUCGAAUGUUUGAAUGAUAUCAAGAAUUUGUUUGCUCCCAGCAAACAGCCUUUCUAUGCUGCUUUUGGAAACAGGCCCAAUGAUGUAUAUGCCUACAUGCAAGUGGGAGUUCCAGACUGCAGAAUAUUUACUGUGAAUCCAAAGGGUGAACUGAUCCAAGAACGGACUAAGGGAAACAAAUCAUCAUAUUACAGACUAAGUGAGCUUGUGGAACAUGUGUUCCCAUUGCUUAAUAAAGAACAGAGUUCUGCAUUUCCGUGCCCAGAAUUCAGCUCCUUUUGCUAUUGGAGAGAGCCUCUUCCUGACCUUAAUAUGGACGACCUGGCCUGAAAAAUACUUCUCACCUAGAGAUGGAAUUUCAUAUUCAGCUACUCCAGUUUAAAUGUGAAGAACUUUCUUAACAAAGAUGCUAAUUUAUAUACUGGUACCAUAAGUCUUACUAAAGAAAUCACUUUAAUUCCGUUGGUUUAAAACAAAGAAAAUGCAAAGCUACUGUCAAAAAAAUUUUUUUCUUUUGGGGGGUGGUGGUGGUUGUUUUCUUUAUUGCUUGUCUUUAUAUACCUGUUCUAAGGCACUUGAGAUUGGCCUGUUAUUGAUGGUCAUGGUACCCAAGUGCUUCCGGGCAACUAAAUGCUGAGGUAAAUUAUGACUUUGCAUUUUCAUCAAUACAGACCUUAUUGUAAACACAGAUUUUUUGUUUGUUUGCUUUGGUUUUUUAUUACUCUUAAUAGUAUAUUUUCUAAAAUGAAGCCAAAAAGUAUACGGAAACUGCCAAAUAGAAUGUCAGACCUAUUAAUAAAAAACGUGGUCUAAUGUUCAGAUGGGCAAUUAGGCCAUUUUUGAAAGGAGCCAGAACCUAAAACCAGUGUGGUCUUUCUCAGCUAAAAUACAGAAUAUGUGUAGACAUUACAAGCCUGACAGACUCUGAAGAUGCAAAAUUCCUCUUUAAAUGUAAAUAUGCCUUUUGUCACAUGUACAAGACUGUGCUUGUACAAUUCAUGCUCAAACUAACUCCGCUUAUUACUUUUUUACAUGCAGUAUUUAAACUAUUUAAUGAGCUUGUUAAAAUGAAAGUUGUCUUCAGAUACUUGUAUGGCUUUUGCUGUUUUCAGGCUGCACUAUGUCAUGUUAAAUUUCCAUCAGGAAACAUCUUGAACGUUUCUGUAAGAGUUGGGGAGCUGGCAUUUUUAUUUCCUUUUUCAACACAGAGAUGAUGCAUAUGUGUGUGUAUGCUGUGUAGGCCAGUAAAACGUAUGUACAGAUUAUAUUCAGGGAAUUGUAAUACUAAAAAAAAUUAUGUAUUUAAUUGUCUACUGCAGGUCUUUCCAGAAUUCUGUAUUGAAGGUUUUCAGUAGCUGGAAGGAAAUGCAGCUCAAUAGUGAAAUUCCAGGUAUGAGAAUGGUUAAAUGCUGCAAAGCAGAAUAAAACUUUUUUUUUUGUUUUUUUUUGUUUUUAAAUUUCGGGUUAAUCAUAAACAUCAUGCUGGUCAUUCCUCAGGUUCAGAUCAGAGCCUGUGAACAAAUUGCAUUCCAAGCCUAGUGUUUAUCAGCUGUAAAAGCAGCUAGUAUUUCUCUCUCCAAAAAUACUUGAAGGCAAAGGUAGUUUUGCUUUUUGAGUUAGUGCAUUUAACUUCUGGACAAAUCUAUGAUGAGAAUGUAUCAUUCCACCAUGCCAGAGGGUUAAGGACUACUGUCAUUUAAACAUCAGCCCUGGGCUUUCUGGGCACACAGUCUUUUCUGUCACUCCUUAAGCAAGUUCCUGGGACAAUGCAAUAAAGAUCCUUCCAGGGGCAAUGCCCAGAAUUUCCACCAGGAUCUGGGCCGAGCUCUGCCCCGUACACAGCUGCCAGUGGGAGCAGGGAAGUGUGCAGGCAGGUGUGAGUGAUCUUUAGAAGGCAUUUGUAUGGCUACCUGCUGUGGUGCCUGCACCGGGGCUGCUCUUCUCACAAACAGCUUGGGCAGGCCCUUCUGCUUCAGCUUACUUGGGCUGAAUGUAGGAAAAGAGCUCUCUUCGUUUCACUACCUGCAAAAGAGUAUAUUUAGAGGAUUUUACCCACCCCCUGGAAUAUUUUCUUUCCUUUAUCAGGCUGAGUAGUCUUAACCCACAGUUCUGAUAUAAUACCAGCUAAUGCUAAACAUUUGGUGAACUGCUUGGGGGGAUCAUUUCUAGAUAACUAUGUAAAUGAAAUUACUUUCUUUUUUUGUUUUUCCUUAUAAAACACUAGUGUAUUCCUGUAUUUAUAAAACAUUAGAUAAAGAAUGGGGGGAAGCAAAAUCAACAUGGAACCUCUCUUUCAAAGCAGGAGUAUGAGUGGGAAAGAAAACAUACCUGUCUGUCACAGUAAGCCAUGUUGAUAAGUGAAUUGAAAGGCAUCCUUCUUGUUGUGCAGUAAGAACAAUACUUUCUGUGACUAUUUCAGCAAAUUCUUGGUCCUGUCACCAAUCUACUCAGAGUUUAAAUGGAUUUCACAGGAUUCAACUCAAAGGAUACUUUGCUUUUACUGGUUUCUUUUUUUUUUUUAAC